AUGUUUCUCCCACUCCUGCACCCGACUCUCAUCACCGCAUCCGAAGAAGAGCAACAACCCGCCCUAUCAGCAGCCCAGCGCGUCCUCGGAAUCGGAGAACUGCUCGAAAACAUUUUAUUAUUCGUCAACCAAGCAGAUCUCCUCCGCUGCCGUCGCGUCAGUUCCAAAUUCCUCCAAACCGUCACCUCCUCCAAACCCUUACGACGCGCACUCUUCCUCGAAGUCGACGACUCCUCCUCCUCCAACAACAUUCGCUAUCAAAACGUCAAUCCCCUCGCUCCCACCUGGUUUCGCCAAAAAAAAAUCGGCUACCGAAGCAGCACCAUCGCCGCAGGAAUCGAUCUCGUAGAUUUGUGGGCGCAAUCGCAACUUGCAUGUGAUGAUAAUCAUGUGAAACCGCUGUGGCAUCGAAUGCACAUUUCGCAGUCUAAGACCAAAACGUGUGUCAUACCUGUGGGCGCGUGGGCGACGAUUUUCUUUCGACGGAGCUUUCCCGAUGGUAUGACGUUUUUGGAUUUGCAGACUUCGUUGAUUUCGGCGUUUGAGAUUCGUAAGGGGAGGAAAUCGAGUUUGGAGAGGUUGAGGGAGCUUUCGGAGGAUAAUUCGGUGUUGAUUUAUUGGUCUUGAGGCUUUUGUUGUUGUUGUUGUUGUUGAUGAUGAUGAUCUUGUCGUGAUGAUGAGGCUGGCUUUAUUCUAUAGACCUUGGCCUCGGAAAAUUCAAGUCUAUGGCCGGUCAACCUCAGUUCGUGAUAUACCAGAGCUCAAAGGGGGGAUUUGCAAGUAGCACCAGAAAGUGAAAAGAGAGGUGUGCACAUAUAUCUGUAGAGUU